GAGAGAGAGAGAGAGAGAGAGAGAGAGAGAGGGAGAAGGAGAGAGAGAGAGAUAGAGAGAUAAAAGGGGAGAAUGAGAAUGGUCAUCAAAAUGAUAGUGAUUAUAUCUACUGAUAUCACUUCGUUAUCAAUAAAAUAAACGUUUAGGAAUGAUAGACGGGAAAAAAGAAGAUAAAGAGAGGAAUAUUAGAGGCAGAAAUAUCUGUUAGAACGAGAUGAAAUCGACAAGGUAUUGAGCGCAAAAUAUGCUUUGGAGAGUGACGAAGAGUAAAGAAGAAUUUUCACCAGGCCCAUUAACGUUUAAUCGAAAAUUUUUUGAAAAUAAGAGAUAACGAACUUCAAAAACCGGCUGAAGGAUGAAGAAAAGAUUGCUUUUCGGUUUUGUAUGUGCCGUAUUACUUUUUAUCGUAAUGACAUCGAACGAUAAUACUAUCGUGCAAAAGGUUACAAAUUUUAUUGUAACAGACAACAAUGAUGUUUCAUGUUACGAGAUCUCUAAUACUUAUGGUUUUCCUCACUUGGAGUCUGAUCCUGAGAAACCUAUACUCGGCAAGAAUAUAUUUUUCCACGAGACAUCCUGUUUUGGUGAAAAAGGAAUCGUUUUGAAUCCACGUCAGGCUUGUGCUGUGGAAUCGGCGGCUCUGAUGAAUCCAGAAAGUACAAUUUAUCUUUUAUUUCUUAGUCCUUCGUCAAUAUCCUUGGAAACGAAAGAAAUGAUAAAGCAAUUGUCGAGUUAUCCAAACGUCAAGAUUAGAAGGAUUUUCCCAGAAGCUUAUACGAAAGAUACACCGUUGGAGGAUUGGUAUAAAAGUGGAACUCUGAUGAAGAGUAAAUGGAAGCGUAGUCAUAUGUCGGACAUUUUGAGAUAUUUGACUCUUUGGAAAUAUGGAGGAAUAUAUCUUGACUUGGACGUCGUCGUUACGACGUCAUUGGAGAAUUUAACAAAUUUUGCUGGUGCCGAGGAUUGGGAUGAUGUAGCAGCCGGUGUGUUGGGUUUUAGUUCGAACAUUCUUGGACGUCGUAUGGCAGAUGCUUGCCUUCGUGAUCUGAAAAAAAAUUUUCGUGGUAAUGAUUGGGGUAACAAUGGACCUGGCGUUAUCACGAGAAUUUUACAAAAAAUAUGUUCUACCAAAUACACUCGAGAUAUGUCGGUGUCACGUUGCCACGGCUUCAAAGUUUUUCCACCCUCUGCUUUCUAUCCGAUUCAUUACAAAAAGUGGAAAAAAUAUUUCGAGAAGGAAAAGAGCAAUUCAACGAUGGAGAUAUUGAAGCAAGCACGGGCGAUACACGUGUGGAAUAAUCUUAGUAAAUCGACAAAAAUUCAUGUGAAUAGCAACGUUCCUUACAUCGUUAUAGCUCGCAAAUAUUGUCCGAAAGUAUUUUCGAACUGUAAUGACACCUUCUAAAAAAUCAGACAAGAAAUCAAGGAAGUGAAUUUCUACUGAUCUCGGUUACUGUUAUAAUAAUCGUUUACUUUAUUUUUAUAACUUUUAUUAAGAAUAUUUUUUUUAUCACUUUUCUUUUUUAUCACAUAACGAAGAGAUAAGUAUGGUAUAG